AUGUCGUCCAAGCCCAUUCAUGAAUUUGAUGCCAAGCUGCUGAUCAACUACUGGCUGCCGCGAUCGCCUGACGCGAGCCAGGCCGCUGUAGCUUCGUCGUCGUUCCAGGCUCCGACGGCGCGCGUGGCUCAGAUCGCAUGGGAUGCCACUUCGAAUACCAUCACCCCGGAUGAGCAGCUGCCGAGCUGGGUGCAUUCGUCCAAGCUCGUGGCCAAGCCUGAUCAACUGAUCAAGCGCCGCGGCAAGGCCGGCUUGCUCAAGCUGAACGCUGACUGGGCCGAUGCCAAGGCAUGGAUUGUCCAGCGCGCAGGUCAGCCGCAGAAGGUCGAAGCUGUCACAGGUGUGCUCACCAACUUUAUUGUGGAGCCCUUCUGCCCGCACCCUGCCAACACAGAGUUUUACGUCUGCAUCAACUCGGCCCGCGAGGGCGACUACAUUCUUUUCACGCACGAGGGCGGUGUCGAUGUGGGCGACGUCGAUGCGAAAGCAAAACGCCUCCUCAUCCCUGCCGACCCAGCCGAGCCUUUCCCGGCCCGUGCGCAGUGGACAGAGACGCUUCUGGCUGAAGUGCCGGCGGCCAAGAAAGAGAUCCUGACGGAUUUCCUGGUGCGUUUGUACAGCGUGUACGUGGAUCUGCACUUUGCCUACCUGGAAAUCAACCCCCUCGUCGUUACGGACGACAACCAAAUCCACUACCUCGAUAUGGCCGCGAAACUCGAUCAGACGGCCGAUUACCUGUGUGGUCCCAAGUGGGCGAUUGCGCGUGAUCCUAGCGUGUACAGCGACCGUGCACCCGCCACGUCCACACAGCAAGGCGAGGACCGCGGUCCGCCCAUGGUCUGGCCGGCGCCAUUCGGUCGUGAGCUGACCAAGGAAGAGGCGUACAUCUCUAAACUCGACGCAGGUACUGGUGCUUCGCUGAAGCUCACCGUGCUCAAUGCCAAGGGUCGCAUUUGGACCAUGGUCGCUGGUGGCGGUGCCUCGGUCGUGUACAGUGACGCGAUUGCCGCGCACGGCUUUGCACAUGAACUGGCCAACUACGGCGAGUACUCGGGUGCGCCUACGGAGACGCAGACGUUUGAGUACGCCAAGACGUUGCUGGAUCUCAUGACGCGUGGCGAGCCACGCGAGGAUGGCAAGCUGCUCAUCAUCGGUGGUGGUAUCGCCAACUUUACCAAUGUCGCCGCCACGUUCUCCGGUAUUAUCCGUGCGUUGAAACUGUACAAGCUUGCGCUCAUUAAGCACAAUGUCCGUAUCUUUGUGCGUCGCGGUGGCCCGAACUACCAGGAGGGUUUGCGUGCGAUGCGUCUGUUGGGUGAAGAGCUCGGUGUGCCGAUCAAAGUGUUCGGUCCGGAUACGCACAUUACCGACAUUGUGCCGCUGGCGCUGGGCCUCAAGUCGGAGGCCGAUAUGGAGUUGGCCUCGUCGUCUCCGCCGCUACCAACAUCGAAGACCAACGAUGCUUCGGCGAAGCAGACGGAGCAGGCUGCGGUUGCCGAGGACCGCGUCGGAAAGCUGGACCCCGUCACGGGUGAGCGUAUCCAGCCGCAAGACCACAUUGUGCACUUUACGCCGCAAGACUCGACGUCGAAGCGUCCUUUCUACUUGCCCUUUGAUGCGCACACCCGCUGCCUGGUGUACGGCCUGCAACCUCGUGCAAUUCAGGGUAUGCUGGACUUUGACUUUGCCUGUGGUCGUACGACGCCCUCCGUCGCUGCCAUGGUGUAUCCGUUCGGUGGUCACCACAUCCAAAAGUUCUACUGGGGCACCAAGGAGACACUAUUGCCUGUGUACACCAGCCUGGAAGAAGCCGCAACGAAGCAUUCAGAUGCCGAUGUCGUUGUGAACUUUGCUUCGAGUCGCUCGGUGUAUUCCUCGACGCUUGAAGUGCUCGCCUUGCCGCAGAUCCGCGCCUUGGCCCUCAUUGCAGAGGGUGUCCCGGAGCGCUUUGCACGUGAGAUUCUCUGGCGUGCGAAGCGCGCCAAUGUGUUGGUCAUUGGCCCUGCCACGGUCGGUGGUAUCAAGCCAGGCUGCUUCCGUAUCGGAAACUCGGGUGGUAUGAUGGACAACAUUGUGGCCUCGAAGCUGUACCGCGCCGGCUCUGUCGGUUACGUGUCCAAGUCAGGCGGUAUGUCGAACGAGCUGAACAACAUCCUCUCGCUUACCACCAACGGCACGUACGAAGGUAUUGCCAUCGGUGGUGAUCGCUACCCAGCCACGACGUUCAUCGAUCACUUGCUGCGCUACGAAAAGGACCCGGCCUGCAAGCUGCUUGUUCUUCUCGGUGAAGUCGGUGGUGUGGAAGAGUACCGCGUGAUCGAAGCAGUGAAGCGCGGUGAGAUUACCAAGCCGAUUGUCGCAUGGGCUAUCGGAACGUGUGCGAAGAUGUUCACGACCGAAGUGCAAUUUGGUCAUGCUGGCUCGAUGGCUAACAGCGAUGCGGAGACGGCGAAUGCCAAGAACCUCGCGAUGCGUCAGGCUGGCUUCAUCGUGCCGGAGACGUUCGAGGACUUGCCGACCGUUCUUCGCGCGACCUACGACCGCCUGGUGGGUGACGGUACCAUUGUGCCGAAAGCUGAACGGCCUCCGCCUCCGAUCCCCAUGGACUACAAAUGGGCGCAGGAGCUCGGUAUGGUCCGCAAGCCGGCCGCCUUCAUCUCGACCAUCUCGGACGAGCGUGGCGCCGAGUUGAUGUACUCGGGCGUGAAGAUCUCCGACGUGUUUGGCUCGAACAUGGGCAUUGGUGGCGUCGUCUCACUGCUGUGGUUCAAACGCCCUCUGCCGCCGGUGUGCACCAAGUUUAUCGAAAUGACGCUCAUGCUCACCGCCGACCAUGGUCCGGCCGUGAGUGGUGCGAUGAACACCAUCAUCACAUCGCGUGCCGGCAAGGACCUCAUUUCCUCGCUGGUGUCGGGUCUGCUGACCAUCGGUGACCGCUUCGGUGGCGCUCUCGACAACGCCGCGCGUGAGUUCUCGUCGGCCUACGAUCGCGGUCUUACGCCGCGUGAGUUUGUCGACUCGAUGCGCAAGGCCAACAAGCUCAUCCCAGGUAUCGGCCACCGCAUUAAGAGCGUGUCGAACCCAGACUACCGUGUGCAAGUCGUGAAGGAGUACGUUCAGAAGAACUUCGAGUCACACAAACUCCUCGACUACGCCCUGGCCGUAGAACGUGUGACGACGGCCAAGAAGGAUACGCUCAUCCUCAACGUCGACGGAUGCAUUGCUGUGUGCUUUGUCGACUUGCUGCGUGACUCUGGUGCGUUCACACGUGAAGAGGCAGAUGAGUACGUGCAAAUCGGCGCCCUCAACGGUCUAUUUACCCUCGGCCGCACGAUUGGUUUCAUUGGACACCACCUCGACCAAAAGCGACUCAAGACGCCCCUUUACCGUCACCCGGCCGACGACUUCCACAUCGAAAUGGCUGCACCCACCCGCAUUGUCGGCAGCUAUGACCCGCACAGCAGUAACUAG